AAUCCCGCCAUUAGCCAAUGUUAAAUGUAUAUCUAUAUAUUGAGAAAAAUCAUAUGGUUACUGCUUUCCCCUUACCGCGCUAGAGUGGAUACCUAUCCCCACCCCGCCUAGCGCUCGUACUUCCUUAAACGACCAUUAAUUCUUGGGGUUAGUCUAUAUAAAAGCGGCUAAAUAAAAAAACUCCAAAUUUCCAAAUCGCCAAAAGUAGUCGACACACUGUAGAUGUUAUAAUAACAACUUGUUAGUAAGCAAUAGCGUUUAGAGCAACUAGCAGACUAGUGUGUGUUUAAAUUUAAUAUUUGAUAAUAAUAAAAUAAAAAUAAAAAUAAAAUAAACAGUGUGACUAUUAAUCCAGUAAUUGUGUUAAUAAUAUAUAAUUAUUCGUCCAGAUAUCUUUUAUUUGUUCAUAGUCUUAACAACUGGAUUAAUAGGUUCAGUCAUCGUUAAUAGAUUCAUAUCAAGUUUCAUAUUCAUGGAAAUUUUGUCGAAGAUUUUUUAUCAGUUUUUUUAAUAGUUUCUAAACUAAUCAUCACAAAAUUUAAUAAUUAUAGUACUUAAAAUUAAUAAAAAUGACGGAUAGAUAUUUACGAGAUUUGGAUGCAAUAAAUAAUCAGCACCUCCAUGGCAUAACAGAAAAUGCUGUUUUUCCUGAUCAUUUGAAUGAAUUAGAGUACAAACCAAGAACUUUAAUUGAUGAAACAUUGGAAAUAAUAGAUCCUACUCCUAAUGUUUAUACGAUGUUUAUUCAAUUUAAUGAAAAAUUUUUCUGGAAUAAGUUGGAUGCUGUUCAGGUGCGAUGGAGUAAUCGAAUGACAACAUGUGCUGGCACAUGUUCGUUUCAUCCACGUAAUCGUGAGUGUGUUAUCUCUCUCAGUUUGCCAUUGCUUAAGCUAAGACCUAGAAAGGAUUUAGUGGAAACUUUGCUGCACGAAAUGAUUCAUGGUUUUUUAUUUAUCACAAAUAAUAAUCGUGACAGAGAUGGUCAUGGUCCUGAAUUUUGUAAACAUAUGGAGAGAAUAAACCGUGAAGCUGGAACUAAGAUCACAAUUUAUCACGACUUUCAUGACGAGGUGCGUUUAUACCAACAGCAUUGGUGGAAAUGUGACGGUCCGUGUCAAAAACGUCCUCCUUACUUCGGAAUAGUUCGUCGUGCAAUGAAUCGCGCUCCUGGACCUUCAGACUUCUGGUGGCAAAAUCAUCAACAGAAUUGCGGUGGCAAGUAUAUAAAAAUCAAAGAGCCCGAAAACAAACCGCCUACUAAAGGUAAAAGAUCUAGUGAGAUCUCCAAACCGCUUCCGAAACAAAAUACUUUAGAUAAUUUUGUUCAAUCUACCAAAACAAGUUCAAGUUCAACUUCAUCAUUUUCAAAUGAUUCACCAAAGAAUAAGUCAGGAGGAAUUAAAACUAUUUCUGGAAAUACUAGAUCUCUAGGUAGCAAAACUGUAACAGUCAGUAAAGUUGGAUCAGGAAGCUUAAACACAGAAGGUAUUAAAAAACUCGGAACAUCAACGAAUAAUGUUUUUGGUUUCGGAACUGGAGGCCCCGGAUCUUCAAGCUCGACUUUAUCGCCUCCUGUCGCACCAAAACCUUCAAGAAAUCGAAUUAAUUCGUCUGGUGUUUUGGGAGGAAGUAACACUGGUAAAAGUAUUUUAUUAACUCGCUUCAUGUCACCUCAACCGACAAAAAAUUCUGAAGAAAUAAAACCUAAAACUCCUCCAAAGCAAAACCAACAAAAUGAAACUGGCAAUAAUGCACCCGAGUGUCCUAUUUGCAACAAAAUAAUUAUCGAUGAGAAUAUAAACCAACAUAUCGACUCUUGCUUAAUUUCCAACGAUACAAAUUCGGAAGAACCGGCGCAAAAGCGCCCAAAGAUUACAGAAGAAUCAACUCACGAGUGUCCAUUUUGUCAGCAAAAAUUUUCAGCGUCCUUGAUUGAUAUUCAUGUAAACGAUUGCUUGAAUUUAGAUGUGUUAGACGAUAAUUCUCGGCCAAAAAGAUCGCAGACUGGUGAUACUUCAAGACCAAGAGAUUCAUCUGAGGAUAAACGUAUCAAUUGCCCAAAGUGUAAUAGACGUUUUACCAGCGAUAGAAUGAAUGAUCAUUUGGAUAUUUGCUUAAACGAAGUCGGUGACCUAGCGUCUCAUGACUCCGUUAUCAAUCUCACUCAUGAUGCUGGUGAUGUCACAGAUUUAACUUUAUCGCCUAUAAGGCCAGUGACUGGCACUGAGGAGUGCAUUACAUGUGGGAGCAGAGUUAGAGUCAGAGAAUACAACGAUCACAUUGAAAAGUGCUUGAAGAAACAUCGGGAAAAAAUGGAAAGAGAUCUUGGUACUGUUGUUGUGGUCGAUGAUGUUGAUCCUCGACCAGGAUGCAGCAAAUCUAAGAAAGAUAGAAGUACUUAUGAAUGCUUGGUGUGUAAUUCGAGAAUUAGCAAUGAUAUUCCAUUGAAUGAGCACUUGGAAAUCUGUACGUCGUCAACUUUCGGUGACAUGACACUUAAUACCAACGGUAGUAAUUUUACUGAUGAUGAUCCACCCAAUAUGGAGCACAGAUAUUCUUGUCCUAUUUGUAAUCUGAUGAUUAUUGGUAAAGAUAUGGCUGAACAUGUUGACUGGUGUGUUGCUCGUAAAAAAUAGUUAUUUUUUUUAUAAACAUAAUUAUAUCGCGUUACAGAUGCCAUAAAGGGCGUAUAAAAAUUUUACAUCCUUAUGGCACCCGGGAACCAUAAGGAUAAUAAAAAUUCUGUUUUUUUUUUCUAAGUCAAAGAAAGUUUGCACACGGAAAGAACAAGAUUACA